AUGAUGUCUCCAGCAGUGGUGCUAUCAAGUCAAUUCCCGAAAAAUGGGAGCUACGAAUCCCAAGAAAGACUAUUACAAAAGGGAGUCAAACACAUGUACGAAAACGGGAUUGACCGCGUCCCGAGCAAGUACGUGUUGCCCGUUGCCGACCGUCCUAACAUAAUUCCACACAACACGGCCUGCCCGGAGCUUGACCUCGAGCUGCCCGUGAUUGACUUCGCCGAGUUGCUAGGCCCAAAUAGGGCCCAAGUCCUCAAGUCCCUGUCCUACGCCUGUGAGAACUACGGGUUCUUUCAGCUGGUGAACCACGAAAUACCGGAGGAGAUUAUAGGCGGAAUGGUGGACGUGAGUAGGAGAUUUUUCGAGAUGCCACUCUCGGAAAGAGAGAAGUACAUGUCGGCCGAUAUGAGCUCGCCGGUUAGAUAUGGGACGAGUUUCAAUCAAAAGAACGAUGGUGUGUACAGUUGGAGGGACUUUCUCAAGCUCGUUUGCCAUCCUCUACCCGACGUGCUUCCUCAUUGGCCGUCUUCUCCGCCCAACUUCAAGCAACUGGUUGUUAGCUACGCAAAAGAGACAAAAUCUUUGUUCCUAAUGCUGGUGGAGGCCAUCCUGGAAAGUCUAGGCUUCAAAAACACCGAAAUAAGGACAAAAACAUCGAAACCGAAAAAUGACAACGAUGAAAAUAAGACACUGAAAGAACUCGAAAAUGGAAGUCAACUAAUGGUUGUCAACUGCUACCCGCCGUGCCCGCAACCGGACUUGACUUUGGGCAUGCCGCCGCACUCGGAUUACGGGUUUUUAACGCUACUUCUUCAGGAUCGGGUCAAGGGGCUGCAGAUCCAACACCGGGAUGAAUGGGUCACGGUUCAGCCCAUACCCGGAUCAUUCGUUGUCAAUGUUGGAGACCACCUAGAGAUAUUUAGCAAUGGGAGGUACAAGAGCGUGCUACAUAGAGUUCUCGUAAAUUCGACGAAUUAUAGGAUAUCAGUGGCUUCACUGCACAGUUUCCCUUUCACAAGCACUGUUCGACCAGCGGACGAGCUUGUCACGGACACUAAUCCGAGGCGUUAUAAAGACACAGAUUUUGCUAGUUUCCUCAGUUACCUCAAAUCUUGUGACUCCAUCAAAAAGAAUUUCCUCGAGUCCAGAAAACUGCACUAUUAG